GUAUUUUGCAUGCUCCUGUCUCCUCUAAGCACCGCUCAAACACAUACCAAUUUUGAAACCUUUAUUCUCUGUUAUUCCUCUGCUUCCAUUCUGCCUUCCUUCCCUUUCUAUCUCUCAUGCCCUCACCGAAUGAAAAGAAGGACUCCUUCCUUUAGAGUUUAGGUGUGGGCACGAGUUGUUUGGCUUUCGAACAAACACUCCCACCAUACGCACCAUCCUCAAAAGGAAUGCAAAUUUAAGUGUGUGGGGAAGAGGGAAAAAUAGAAGAGAAGGAAAAUCCAGAAAUGGCAUCAACUUUUGAUCACGCUAAAGAGAUUCCCAGCAGCGACGACGAUGCAUCGCCGAGGACGAUUCUGGAAACCCCUGUUUCGGGAACAGAGUCCGACAAUAGCGGCAGCGGCAGCGGCAGCUUCGGUUUCGGUUUCGGUUUCGGUUCGCCGGAUAAAUCGCAGUCGGUGAUCGGAAAAGCGAUUCCCUGGGAAAGCAUGCAGCAGUGGAAGUCUAUGAUCGACGUUUUCAAGUUCAAGAAUGUGCGAAAGUUAUCGGCCUUUCCUCUGCUCGCUGUGACCAAUGACAUCUCUCGAAAGGGCUUCAACAAAAAACUCGCUCGUAUUCGAAGUGCUGAAGAGGGUAUUGAUAUUGGGGCUAUUCCCACCAAACCCUCUUGGAGGAACUUCGAUUACGAAGAACUUGCAACUGCUACUGGUGAUUUUUGCACUGAGAACAUGAUUGGGAAAGGUGGUCAUGCUGAAGUGUACAAAGGCCAAUUACCCGAUGGUCAAGUUAUAGCUGUAAAGAGGAUAAUGAAGAAUGAAAAGGAUGCUGCAGAUAGAGCAGGUGAUUUCUUGACAGAGCUUGGUAUUAUUGCACACAUAAGCCACCAAAAUGCUACACGUCUUGUCGGCUUUGGAAUUGAUCGUGGCCUCUACUUUGUUCUACAAUAUGCUCCACAUGGCAGUCUUUCUUCUUUGCUUUUUGGUGCCAAAGGCUUGGAGUGGAAGAUAAGAUACAAGGUAGCUAUUGGAGUGGCAGAGGGACUGCAUUAUCUCCAUAAAGAGUGCCCAAGACGAAUCAUUCAUAGGGAUAUCAAGGCUUCCAACAUACUGCUUAACAAAGAUUAUGAAGCUGAGAUUUCAGAUUUUGGACUUGCAAAGUGGCUCCCAAGUAAGUGGGCCAACCACGUUGUCUUCCCAAUAGAAGGCACAUUUGGAUAUUUGGCUCCAGAGUACUUCAUGCAUGGAAUUGUGGAUGAGAAAACUGAUGUAUUUGCCUUUGGAGUUUUGCUGCUGGAGCUCAUAACAGGUCGCCGUGCUGUGGAUGAUGCUAGUAGGGAAAGUCUUGUCAUCUGGGCCAAGCCACUGCUGGACGCAAACAAUGUGAAGGGUAUAGCAGACCCCAGGUUAGGAGAUGACUAUGAUCCUAUUGAAAUGAAGCGUGCCAUGGUGAUAGCUUCCAUGUGUGUCCAUCACGCAUCCUCCAAGCGGCCAUUUAUGAAUCAGGCUGUGCAGAUACUAAAGGGUGAAGAGGCAAUUGUUGAAUCAAAGAAAAGUUUAGUUGCACAAAAAUCUCUCAUGUUAGAGGCAUGUGACCUAGAGGAUUAUACUUGUUCAAAUUACUUGACAGACCUCAAUCGUCAUAGGCAACUAAUCAUGGAGUGAUGUUCUUCAUCAUUAGUGGGAUUUCUUGUUUCCCCUAUGUAAUGUAUAUUUGUUUUGUGGAUGGAAUGAUAUUUGUAGCAGUGUGUGGCCAAAUCCAAAGUCUCAAGCCAAGUGUGCUUGUUAUUUAGCAUGAACUUUUAGGGAGUUUUACUCAAGAAACAAAUCAUAGUUUUUUGGGCCUUUUGGCUUUGGGUUAAUGCCUGAGAACAAUAGUUUCUCAUGCAACUAUGUACUGUAGAAAUGAUGCAGCAGAGUAAUUUUUGACUCUGCUGUGCCAUUUAGACAUGUUUCAUCGACACGUAAAUAUGCGCCUUGUUUCCAAUUCC